AUGAACACACCAGUGACUUCGGUGGUGCUUAAGAGAAACAGUUUAGUACAAAAUCAAAACAGUAGCAACUGCAACAAUAUGAAGUUCUUCGUAGUCACCGCUUGUGUCCUGCUCUUGGCAUCCGGCAUUUCGGCCGAUCCUGUCAAUGUGGCCGCUGUCAACGAAGAACAGUCGAGCGCAUUUGCCAAAUGCCUGGAAGCUGAUUCCAUCUCGUGUCUGCAGCUCACGCUCUUCCGCAAGGCCAAGUCCAUCUUCGACAAUCCACAAAUCGAAAUCUUCGGCGGUGUCUCGCUGGUCAAGGCCAACGAUGGUCGCCAGGGCAAGUCGCUAGACAACUCGAUCGCUGUUGAGGCCGCUCCCUCCGUUGAGGCCCGCACCGCCGAGAUGGGCAACUACUUAAUGGACAAUGCCAAGAGCUUCUUCGCUGAGCGCUCUCUGAACUUCAACUUUGCCAAUGCCGCUCGCAGCGUUGCCCGCGCCAUUCCCGAUGACAUCAAGGCCGAUCUGCGUGAGUUGGUUGUUGAGUCCCGCACCCGCAAGAAGAAGCUGUUGAAGAAGUUCCUGCCAAUCCUGUUGGGUGUUGGUGCUAAGGUUGCCGUGCUCGCUGUUGGCGCCAUCUUCGGUCUGCUCUUCAUGGCCAAGAAGGCCCUCAUCGUUUCCGUCAUUGCCUUCUUCCUUGCUUUGGCUGCAGGUGCCUCCAGCGGUCUGGGUCGCAUUGGCGGCUCCGGCGGCGGCGGUCUGCUCGGCGGUCUCGGCGGUCUGUUCGGUGGCAAGAGCUCCGGCUCCGCUGCUGUCAGCUCUGGCGGCUGGUCCUCGGGCGCUGGUGCUUCCUCUGGCUGGUCCUCGGGCGGCAACUCCGGCUGGGACACACAUGGCGCCUACAGCUCACCUGUGGCCCAGACCAUCGCCUACCAGGGCUACAAGCAGGCCAGAUAAGCUCUGAGCGCUCUGAGUCUAACCAAGAAGUCCCUAAAGAGGAGAGAGAACAUUCGCUGCUCACAAUGAUGACCAUUUAA